AUGGCAACCGAAACAGCAUCGGUCGUGAGCGACCGCCACCUCGACGAGCGCUCUCCCAACCGCGUACCUCGAUCGCCGCCGCGAAGGCGCUACGAAGACGACGGAAACGACGACAGGGACGACGACAGAGAACGAGGCCGGGAUCGCGACCAUGACCAGCCGCGGCGCAAGGGCGGCGACAGCUACCGGCCGGACCGGCCCAACAGGGGGCGGGAGCUCCCCAGGCGCGAGCGCACGCCGCCGCCCGUCCCGACCGAGGAGCAGAAGCAGGCCGCCGCGAAGGCCGAGUACGACCGCCUGAUCAACGCGCGCUCGGGGGGAACCUACAUCCCGCCCGCGAGGCUGCGCGCCCUCCAGGCCCAGAUCACGGACAAGACGACCAAGGAGUGGCAGCGCAUGGCGUGGGAGGCGCUCAAGAAGUCCAUCAACGGCCUGAUCAACAAGGCCAACAGCCCAAAUCUGAAGCUCAUCGUGCCGGAGCUGUUCAACGAGAACCUGGUCCGCGGCAGGGGCCUGUUCUGCCAGAGCAUCAUGAAGGCCCAGGCGGCGUCCCUCCCCUUCACGCCCAUCUACGCGGCCAUGGUCGCCAUCGUGAACACAAAGCUGCCCGCGGUGGGCGAGCUCCUGGUCAAGAGGCUGGUGCUGCGGUUCCGCAAGGCGUUUCGCAGGAACGACAAGGCGGUUUGCCUGUCGACCACGGCGUUUCUGGCACACCUCACCAACUUCCAGGUCGUGUCCGAAAACUUGGUUGCGCAGAUCCUCAUUCUUUUGCUGCAUAAGCCGUCCGAUGACAGUGUGGAGAUUGCGGUCAACCUGACGAGGGAGGUCGGCCAGUUCCUGGAGGAGAUGAAUGCCUCCAUUGCCAGGGUUCUCUUUGAUCAGUUCCGCAACAUCCUGCACGAUAGUGCCAUUGAGAAGCGGGUGCAAUACCAGAUCGAGGUUCUGUUCCAACAGAGGAAGGACAAGUUCAAGGACAAUCCGUCUGUCAAGGAGGAACUCGACUUGGUUGAAGAAGAGGACCAGAUCACUCACAAUAUCGAACUGCACGGAGAGCUCGACGGUCAGGACAGUCUCAACAUUUUCAAAUACGACCCUGAAUAUGAGCAGAACGAGGAGGAAUACAAGAAGCUCAAGGCUGAGAUUCUGGGCGAAGGUAGCGAUGACGAGGAUGACAGUGAUGAUGAGGACGAGUCGUCAGAAAGCGAAGACGAGGAGCAGAAGGCUGUCGAGAUCAAUGACCAGAGCAAUGCGGACCUGGUCAACUUGCGAAGGACGAUCUACUUGACCCUGAUGUCCUCUGCAGACUACGAGGAGUCGGUUCACAAACUCCUCCGGAUCCAGAUACCCAUGGGCUUGGAGAAGGAAAUCCCGGAGAUGGUGGUCGAAUGCUGCAGUCAGGAGAAAACGUACACGAAGUUCUACGGUGGCAUCGGGGAACGACUGGCCAAGAUCAACAGGAUGUGGAAUGAUCUGUUCGAGGCGGCUUUUGCCGACUACUACGAGAAGAUCCACCGAUACGACAGCAACAAGCUCCGGAAUAUUGCCAGGCUCUUUGGGCACAUGUUCGGCUCGGAUGCUAUCGGCUGGCAUUGCUUGUCAAUCAUCCACCUGAACGAGGAGGAGACGACCUCAGCAUCUCGUAUCUUCAUCAAGAUUCUGUUUCAGGAGAUUUCGGAGGAGAUCGGCCUGAAGAAGUUGCAAGCUCGUUGCAGAGACCCGCUCCUCCAGCCCAGCCUCGAAGGCAUCUUCCCACGGGGCGACGAACGGCGAAAUAUCCGUUUCUCCAUCAACUACUUCACUUCGAUUGGAAUGGGUGCCCUCACGGAGGGCAUGCGAGAGUAUCUCCAGAGCCUGCCGCCGCCUGCCCUUCCCGCGCCGGCCAAAGCAGACGAGUCGGACUCGGACUCAGCUUCCAGCUACUCUUCUUACACUGGCUCCUCUUACUCUCGCUCUCGCUCCCGCUCGCGCGCGCCUCCCCGGCGGGCCAUCGACCGUCGCCGCUCGUACUCUCGAAGUGUGACCCCACCUCGUCGCAAUCCCAGAGAGAGGUCGUACAGCCGAGACCGCAGCCUGACCCGGUCCAUCUCAACCAGCCGCUCCCGGUCACCGCCUCCUCGCCGAGAUGCUCGGGACGGAGGCCGUGGCCGCUCCGUCACCCGCUCCCCGCCACCAAGACGUGCACCUGCUAGGGGCCGCUCGCCCAGCCGUUCCUCGAGCGGCACAGCGCUCGCUGUCCAGGUCGGCAUCGCCACCACCAGCGCGGCGGCCGGCAAACCGCUCGCUGCCGAGAUCACGGUCCCCGCCACCGCCGAGCCGUGCGCCCGCACGGUCCAUCUCCCGGUCACCCACGCCACCUCCGAGACGCCGCCCAGCACCCAGGUCAGCCUCGCUGUCGCGGUCGCGGUCCCCGCCUCACGCACGACGCGGCGCAGACAGCUACCGCGGUCGGUCUUACAGCAGAAGCCUGUCCCGGACUCGGUCUCCGCCACGGAGGGAAGGAGGAAGAGGAGGAGCUGCAGCGCGCCAGGCCCGGUCGCCGUCGAGAUCGGCAUCACCACCACGCCGCCGGGCCCGGAGGAACAGCUCGUCCGACGUGAGCGCUGCCGCGCCGAGGGGCGAGCGGAGGAGGCGGAACAGCAGCUCGAGCGUGGAGAGCGGGCCAAGGAAGAAGUACCGCAGGAGUGGCUAAGGGACAGUAUGCGCAACAGAAAGCAUGGGGCGAGAUUCUAA